AUGAAAUUCUUAAUUUUAAUCAUUUUCUGUUUCGUCUGCCCAAUUUUAGCGGCCAUUGGCCGCUAUGAUGGCGGUCGGGACAGCAGUUCCUGGUCCUCGGAAUCUUCUGAAGGCCAUGGCCACGGCCAUGGCGGUCGACCACGUCCACCACGACCACCAGUACGCCCACGCCCGCCAAGAGAGAAAACCAACUGCCCAACCGACUGGAUGCUAUUCAAACGAACACAAGGCAAUUGGUGUGUUAGGGUUUUUGUUGGCAGAUUUAACCAUCCCCAGUCUGAGGCCCAAUGUGUUGCUCAAGGAGCAAAGUUGACUGGAUUGCAGACAAAUGAGGAGAGGCUGAAAGUGGCAGAUGCGGGGCUGAAAUUAAUCCAUCAAAAUGGGUUCCAACAGGCAUCUCUCUGGCUUGGCGCCAAAAGAAAGGCAUCAUGUCCACGUGCUGGAAUAUGUGCUCCAAUCGACACAUUCGAAUGGACUGAUGGACAAACAACGGGAACCGAUGGGUUCAAUUGGUUUUCUCAUCCAGGUGACGUUCAACCGGAUGGCAAGUGGAGAAAUGAUUGGGGACAUCAAAGCUGCGCUCUGCAAUUUUUAUUCGCCAGUGGAACGACUAGUAAUGCAUGGAGAGGAUUUGUUCAUGGGCAGAUGGAUGAUCAAUGGUGUCAAUACUUGGAUAAUAACAGUAGACUGUAUGCUUGUGGAAAAUUGGCAACUUAA